UGAUUUAAAAUAAAAAGAAGUCGUUGGUAGUUAAAAUAAUAAUGAAAAUAUGAUGUGUUUCAAAAUUAUUAUAUACGAAUUUAGGAAUUUUGUCUAGGCCACGUGGAAUGAUAUACGACGUAAUUAAUCAAUAUGGGUAAAGGAAAUAAUAUGGUGCCAAACGCCCACUUUCACAAGUGGUGGCAGCGGCAUGUUCGCACUUGGUUUAACCAACCGGCGCGGAAGAUUCGUAGACGUCAAAAUCGUAUUAAGAAAGCUAAAGCAGUUUUCCCACGUCCUGCAGCUGGACCAUUGCGUCCAAUUGUCAGAUGCCCCACAAUUCGGUAUCAUACCAAGUUGCGUGCUGGCCGAGGAUUCACUUUGGAAGAAUUGAAGGGUGCUGGUCUCACACCUGGAUUUGCCAAAACCAUCGGGAUUGCAGUUGAUCGCAGACGUAAAAACAAAUCUAUCGAGUCCCGUCAACGCAAUAUUCAGCGUCUGAAAGAGUACAAGGGUAAAUUGAUUCUAUUCCCACUUAAUGAAAAGAAAGUACGCAAGGGUGAGUCGACCCUAGAGGAGUGCAAAUUAGCUACUCAACUAAAGGGUAAAGUGAUGCCGAUUAGGAAAGAAAACCCAUCCGUCACGGAAUUCCGUGAAGUUACGAAAGAAGAGAAGAAAUUCAAAGCUUUUGCAACUUUGCGCAAGGCUCGCUCCGAUGCCCGUUUGGUUGGUGUACGUGCUAAGCAAGCUAGAGAAAAUGCCGAGAAUGAAGAAGCCACAAAGAAGAAGUAGAAGGAACAGCUUAUGCGUUUCUAUUUUAUU